AUGGACCUCUCCGCUAGAGUCCUCCCCGUGCUCGAGGAGAAGUCGAAGUCCCUGAAGCUUACCGCCAUCAUAAACACGCACCAUCACUGGGAUCACGCCGGCGGUAACAAGAAGAUCCUCGACGCCUUCCCCAAUAUCCCCGUCAUAGCCGGCAAAGACAGCGAAGCCGUAUCAAAGACGCCCUCGCAUGGCUCGACGUUCUCAAUAGGCAAGAAUAUCCAGGUCACGGCACUGCAUACGCCGUGUCACACCCAGGACAGCAUCUGCUGGUACAUGGAGGACAAGGCCACGGACGACCGCGUCGUGUUUACAGGCGACACCCUGUUCAUCGGCGGAUGCGGGAAGUUCUUCGAGGGGAACGGCACGGAGAUGAACAAGGCGCUGAAUGAGAUCCUGGCCGCCUUGCCCGACGAUACCAAAGUGUUCCCCGGCCACGAAUAUACCAAGUCGAACGUGAAGUUUUUGAAGAAAGUAGACGGGGACAACGAGGCCGUGCAACGGCUGGAGAAGUUCGCCGACGAGAAUAAAGAGACACAAGGGAAAUUCACGAUCGGGCAGGAGAAGGCACACAAUGCGUUCAUGAGGACGAGUAGUGAGAAGAUGAGGAAGGUGACGGGCAAGAGCGAACCGCAUGAGGUGAUGGCCGUGUUGAGGGAGAUGAAGAACGCAAGCUAA